AUGCGUAUCCCAACAACAAUCCACUCCAACGACACAUCCACCCUCUCCACCACCCUGACCAACCUCAACCUCCAGCACCUCUCUUCCAAGAUCACCCUUUCCCAAUACACUCCAUCCACCACCAGCAUAGAAAAGAACCCACUCCGCGGCGCCCUCUCAGAAGUCCUCACCCUUCUCCCCCCCUCCAUCCUCAGUGCCCUAAACCUCACACCCCACCGCCUCGCCGCCGCCUUCCCAGACGCCUACUCCAUCUACCCCCCUUUACUCCUCCUACCCCACAACGCCUUCUCCUCGCCCCUCUGGCGCGCCCUCCUCACCGCCCAUCCCGCCAGCGCCGCAUCACUACAACCCUUAUGGCGGCACGUCGCGCAGAAAAUGGGCGUGUCGCACAUUGCCAUAAACUCACCGAUUCCCCUGCAGAAUGGCGAAAACACCAUGCGCAGCCCCGUCAACAUAACACCGAUAUACGGCUCCUUCGGCCCCUCUCCAUCCCCUCGCACCCUCUCGCACCCCUCCCCCGCUGACUUCGACAAAGCCCUCUGGGCCAGCGCGUGCCAGAACGGCAUCACGCAAUCCUGGGCGCCCAUGUACACCAUGUUCUCGCGCGGCAACAUCCGCGAGAAGACGCGGAUCCUCUCUUUCCCCUCGCAAGAUGCCGGCAGCGUCGUCGACAUGUACGCCGGCAUCGGGUAUUUCACACUCCCCUACCGGCGCCGCGGCUUCUCGCCGAUUAUCUGCUUCGAGGUGAACCCGUGGAGCGUCGAGGGCUUGCGCCGCGGGUGCGUGGCGAAUAAUUACUCUUAUAAAAUCUUCACGCGCAUGGACAUGCAUGAGUGGGACGAGGAGGACUUCACAAGCAACGGAGAAACGGUCAAGGAUGUGUACAUCUUUCACCUCUCGAAUACUCACGCGCGCCCUUUACUUGCUCCGCAUAUUUCCUCGCUUCCACCGGUCCGGCAUGUCAAUCUCGGGUUACUGCCUUCGUCGCGGGAUAGCUGGCGGGAUGCGGUGGGGUUGGUGAGGCGAGAGGGGGGCUGGGUGCAUGCGCACGAGAAUGUAGGUGUGGGGGAAGUGGAGAGCAGGAGGGGGGAGGUGGAGAAAGUGUUUCAGCGGUGGGUUGAUGAGAUGGAUGAAGUGGUUGAGAGUGAGGUAGAUGGGGUUGUAAGUGGGAGGAAGGCAGAGGUGAGGCAUGUAGAGAGGGUGAAGAUGUAUGCGCCGGGGGUUGUGCAUUGUGUUUUUGAUGUGUGGGUUGAGGGGAGGGGGGAAUAG